UCCCCAGAAAGUCGGCCUAUUUAAACAGUCUCUUCACCUCCCCAUCCUCUACGUUCCCCACCAUUCUCACUCGCAGAGUCCACGCUCCCCAAGCUCUCUCGGACCCUCCAACUCUUCCUCAAGUCACCUCGAACUCUCUCAAAAUGUCGGAACAGACCGAACAGAACGCCCAGGUUGAGCAGAGCGCUCCACAAAUUCUCACCUUCUGCACCAACGACAAUGCCAUCCUCGAAGUUGAACGCGAUGUUGCUGAACGUUCUGUGCUCAUCCGUCACCUCCUCGAGGACUUGCCCGCUUCCGGUCAGGCCAUCCCUCUGCAGAUGGUCAACGAAGCCGUGAUGAAGAAGGUUAUCGAGUGGUGCAGACACCACCAGAAGGACCCCCCCAGCACCGGCGACGACGACGACUCUCGUCGCAAGACCACCGAUAUCGAGGAGUGGGACCAGAAGUUCAUGCAGGUCGAUCAGGAGAUGCUUUUUGAAAUCAUCUUGGCCGCGAACUUCCUGGAUAUCAAGGGUCUUCUGGAUGUUGGAUGCAAGACUGUAGCCAACAUGAUUAAGGGCAAAUCUCCUGAGGAGAUCCGUAAGACCUUCAAUAUCCAGAAUGACUUCACCCCCGAAGAGGAGGACCAGAUCCGCCGUGAGAACGAGUGGGCUGAGGACCGCUAAGCAUACGUCGCUGCUUGGUAUCACUAGUGUUUAUUCUUCUGGGCGGCAGUUUUCUGAAGUGCAGUCUCAGGAUGAUAAACAUAUAACAUGAUGCCUUGCUGAAGGCCCACCCGGUCCAUUGUCGCUGCGUUUCAUGGCGUUAGGGUUCUCUUUCUUUUCCUUUUGUCAGCGAACUUUUCUUUAAUGGCCUU